UCCUCCCCCCCUCUUGUCGCGGUGUAUUUUGGGAGGUGGAGGAAGUGAAGCUCCUUGGUUUUCGCCUCCAUCAGAAUAAACACUGUUAUGGUUCCGACCCCGGGACAGACACGCACAUCUACCCGCCGCUGCUCACCCGACCCCGGCCACUUUUCUCUCCGUUCACCGCCACCACACUUCCAGCCAAAGGGAGAUAGAGGAUCUAGAGGACGGACUGGACCGAGGAGGAAGAGCCGGUGAUGUGACGCUGCACAUCCGCCGCUUUCUUUAAAAACAACCGCAGUUCUCCAGCCAUUGAUUUAUUUUGCCCUGACAUUUCUCCGGAUCUUGAAUGUUGGCUCAGCCGGUUCUUGGUUGUUUUUUUCCGGACAGUUUCUCCGGGGGAGCCGCCGCUUUGUCCCCACAAACAUCACGUUAGCUAGCUAACAGGAAACAGCCUCCCUUUUUUUCGCGGUGGUGGAGGUGGUGGUGGUAGCGGGGGACCUAGGGUCGUGUUCCCCCUUUUUUUUUAUUAUUAAUCCUCACUGGAUGUUCUCUUCCCCCGUGUCCCCGGGAAGCGAUGCAGCUCAAAGUGAACUGGUGAGCACCGGGCUGGUGUAGCGGACGAUGCGGUUUGUGUUUGCCGACAUGGUGCGAUAACGUUUGGGAGGGAUCCGGGGGGGGCAGUGAGAAGCGGAGUGGGGGCCUUUAGUCUGGGCUGUUGUUUCAUUUGUCUCUCCCUGUGGUGAGGCUCCAUCCUCGGCAGACUGCAAUGAGGCGACUGGAGCGGUUUGUUUUUGUUUAACGCUUUAAAUUAAGCUGGAUCCCUGUGCCGGUGAUCCGUGCUGCCUUCAAGGACUGGAACAAUGAGGCUUGUAUGAGACGCUGUGUUUUUCUGAUCCUGGUGCGAGUGACAACCAGGCUGAUCGGUGGGGUGUGUUUUUUUUUUUUUUUUUACCUCGCUGUGAACACAAACCUUCGGCUCACUUUGUUUUUCAUCUCCCGGACGGUCGGAGAGAGCACUCAGGGACGAACAUGUCUUUACGCACGGCGCUGCCCGGGAACGAGAGGAAACCAGACCAUCAUACCUCCCUGUCGGCCAGCCGCUCAGAGAAGGGUAGUGGCUGGUCAAGCCGUUCACUUGGUGCCAGAUGUCGUAACUCCAUCGCCUUGUGUUCAGACGAGCAGCCGCACAUUGGAAACUACCGGCUGCUCAAAACCAUCGGCAAGGGUAACUUUGCCAAGGUCAAACUGGCACGGCACAUACUGACCGGCAGAGAGGUUGCAAUAAAGAUCAUUGAUAAAACACAACUCAACCCAACCAGCCUACAGAAGGCGGAGAACUUGCUGCUAGACGCAGACUCCAACAUUAAAAUAGCCGACUUCGGCUUCAGUAACGAGUUCACUGCAGGCAGUAAACUGGACACGUUCUGUGGUUCUCCGCCCUACGCUGCCCCAGAGCUCUUCCAGGGUAAGAAGUAUGAUGGUCCAGAGGUGGACAUCUGGAGCCUGGGCGUCAUCUUAUACACGCUGGUCAGUGGGUCAUUGCCCUUUGAUGGACAGAACCUAAAGGAGCUGCGGGAGCGUGUUUUGAGGGGGAAAUACCGUGUGCCCUUCUACAUGUCCACAGACUGUGAAGGUAUCCUGCGCCGCUUCCUGGUCCUAAACCCUACCAAACGCUGCUCGCUGGAGCAAAUAAUGAAAGAUAAGUGGAUCAAUGUAGGGUAUGACAGCGAGGAGCUGAAGCCCCACACAGAGCCUGUGGAGGACUUCAAUGAUAACGGUCGCAUUGAUGUGAUGGUGGGGAUGGGCUUCACCAGAGACGAGAUCAGAGAUUCUCUGUCUAGUCAGAAAUACAACGAGGUCACCGCCACAUACCUGCUGCUGGGGCGCAAGAAUGAGACUGAUGGCAAUGAGUCUCGGUCGGGCAGCAGUCUGAGUCUCGCUCGAGUCCGGCCCAGCACCAUCACCAAUGGAACAAGCAAACACUCCACUUCCUCUUCCUCCUCUGGUGCACCUUCUUCAUCCUCUGGUCACAAGGCGCAGCGCAGCGCCUCGACGUACCACCGCCAGAGACGACAUUCUGACUUCUGUGGUCCAGCGGUUCCAGGGUCCACGCACCCCAAGCAGAGUCCCAGUGGUGUCGGCGAAGGGGCGGGACUCAAAGAGGAGCGACUCUCAAUACGCAAGCCGAGCACCAAUACUGUCUGCUCCCGUAGCAUCCCCACCCCCUCUAGUCCCAUGGUAAGCUCUGCUCACAACCCAAAUAAGGCAGAGAUACCUGACCGGCGCAAGGAAGUGAACUCAACCACGAAUAACAUCCCUGCUAGUGCCAUGACUAGAAGAAACACGUACGUUUGUACGGACCGAUCCAGCACUGACAGACACACACUGCUGCAAAACGGCAAGGAAAACAGUACCUUAUCCCACCGCCUUCCCCCUGCUUCCCCCUCCUCCCACAGCAUCGCGGGCGCCUCUGGGGCCUCCUCUUCAUCCUCAACACCCUCCUCCCGCCUUUCCAGGGGAUCCACGGUGAGGAGCACUUUCCAUGGAGGGCAGAUCAGGGACCGUCGUCCUCCCUCUCAUGCUCCCCCAGCAUCUCCCACUCCAUCCCACGAUGCCAGCCCACUCCCCCAUGCCAGGACCCGGGCAACAGGCAACCUGCUGAGCAAGUUAACCUCCAGGUUGACCCGCAGGGUCACUCUUGACCCUACUAAACGCCAGAGCUCAAACAAGUCCAUGUCGGGCUGCACCCUCCCACAGGGGACAAAAACAGUUAGGUCACAGACGAACCUGAGAGAAUCAGCAGAUCUCCGGUCACAAGCUGCUCCGGUCCAGUGUCAGUCUCAGAUUAAAAACAGCAGUCGCCAUAUAUCUGGGCAUCAGAAAGCGGCAGAGCCCCGGACCCCCCGAUGCGGCUGGGAUGUAAAGGUGCGGAGCCCCCGCGACCCGGCCGAGGUGGUGCUCGCACUGCGUGAGGCAGCGCAGGGCUGUGGCUGCCAGGUCCACCUGGCAGGGCCUUUCCUCCUGUCCUGUACCCACGGAGCAGCCGGCGCCCGGGUAGCGUUUGAGGCCGAGGUCUGUCAGCUGCCCAGCGGGCUGGGCCAGAGCAGCGGUGUGAGGUUCAAGCGCCUGUGGGGGGCACCGUUAGCCUUUAGAGACAUUGCCACCAAAGUUUCCAAGGAGCUGGAGCUCUGAGGGCGACAGGAGGCGGGGCAGAACUUAUGACAGACAGGACAGGUUGAUGGAGGAGGAGGAGGAGGAACAAUGUGGCAGAGAGCAUCGCCUCCUCUUCCUCCCAGGGUUCCACCUCAUGUGAUGCGGCUAGCGCUGCCUCGCCUCCGCCAAAGACCCCCUUCCUCUGAUGCCACCAAUCACAGCCAGACAAACAGUUGCACAGACACGGAUUGACCGCCAUCGGCAGACUUACGAUGACUUUGACCUUGAAGAUGUCAGUGACCUACGACCCCUGCUUAAAACAUGUCACCACCUCCAUUGUAUGUGAGCCCAUGGAGUCCAACUGUUUCUUUUGUUGUUUUUUUCAAGGUUUCAUAUUUGAUGAUGAGAAUGGUGUUGCUGAGAGUGAUGGAGACUGAUGAGUUGUUGUUAAUGUUGUUUUUCCUAUUGUACCACAUUUGUCAGCAUUUAUUUUUAAAAAGCUGCUAUUUAAAGAAAUGUUUUAGAUUUUCUGUGUAUUAAGUUUAUUUUCUUUCUUUAACGCUUUUGAAAUGGGCAGAAGUUUGACAUCUGUUGUCGUCCUCUGAAGCCGCCCCCACAUAUUUAAUGUAGUGAGGGCCGCAGUCUGACCUCCAGACUGUAGAGGGAGACAUGCAGAACUGCAGAGACUUGUGACAGACUGAAUGAAGAACCUCCACCUCUCGGCCCAUCCAUUGGAAAAGCCCAUAUUAACGCUCAGUUGGGUGUUUGCACCGUUUCUGGUCAAACCUCCCUGCAGGCGAGUUUAUUUUACAGAUGAGUAAAGCUGCCUAAUGAUACAGAACCCAAGCUGAAAUGUUGAUAACCUGAACAUUUGAGCUUUGGCUCCGCGUCUUACAAAUGCUGAACUUGGCCCCAAGAUUUGUUCCUCAAUAUGUUUUCAACAGGCAGAAAUCCUUUUUAAAAUUUGAAACUACAAACAUUUUGUAAGUUUAUAAAAAACUGGAUCUCCACCUGGAAUCACAACAGGAUGUCUCAGCUCUGUGUUUAUUUGAUUUAAUCUGGAUGUACACAGACAACAGAGCCACUUAACAUUAUUCUACCUAGAAAAGGAUAAAUUAUUAUAAAAACAAUAUUCUAUUGAACUAAUAUCAGCUCAAAACAUUAACUUUUUUUUUUUUGCACAUAUCGAAUGCUUUUGUUCUUUUGUGCAGCAAAGACUGAAAAAUCAAACUUUUUCAUCAAAUACAAGUUUCCAAUUUGACUAUCCGUAAAAUGUUGUGGCUUUUAUUAUUGACUAAUCUUAGCUUUUAUCUGGUGGGAUUGUAAAUUAACACUGAAUGAUUCAGACACAAAAAAGCAAAUUUUCUAGGCAGAUAUAAUUUCAAAAAAUGAAUGAAACCUGAUCCAACAUGAAGAUAGAGACUUGUUGGUUCCUUUGGUCCACAAAUGUAAUCUCCUUUUCCCCACAUUUCACUUAAAAUGAAUAAAUAAAUAAAACUCAUACUGGUUGAUACUCAUACUACGUUGAAUAGUUCUCCUGGUAGCACUUAAGAUAGCAUAUCUUUACUGUAUCACCUGUCAGGAUGCCUUCAUCGUCUCUUCACUCAGGUGUAGUGCAAUACAGCCCCAAAGUCAAGAAUUAAGACUUGAUUGAAAAAUAAUUGAUUGAGACUUAAUAUGGCUCAUUUUUACAUUUUUGAUAUUUGUGAUAUGUCGUCAAGCACUUUUUUUCUUUCAGUCGGGAUGUAAUCACACUGUUCUGGCAGUGUUUUUAAUCCAUCUGCAUUUUUCUUUUGUUAAAUUGUUAAAACUCCCACAUUUGAAGCCCAUUGAAAUUGAUCAUUUACACAUUGAAAGCCUUUAUUUCUUUAACUUACAUGUAAGUACCCUUAAUGACUUCUUGGCAUCAUUUAUUCCCCAAAUAAAAGCAGAUCUAUUUCAAAUUAAAAAGAAGUCGUCAUAUCAAGAAAACUAAAAAUAUAUUUUACGUCAAAGUUAAGAUCUGUCUUCACAAGGUUGUGUCAGAUUUCAAUUUUUUCGCAUUUGUGUUUUACAGCUCGUCGCCACUUUUCAUAUUUAAACAGAUUUUUCCCUCUGUUGACCAAUCAGGCUGCAGCACUGAUGAGAGGUGUGUGACUGUUGACCAAUCAGGUGCCAUUAUUCCUGUAAGAGGUGUAUGACUGUUAACUAAUCAGACUCCUGCCUCAUCAAGUUAGUGUUUCAUUUAAAACCAUUUAACAUUUGCAGUGGCAUAAAAAUGUGACUUUGAAUUUGUGAAAUUUGAUUCGUAUACUUCACUAUUUGCUGCUCAUCAUAAACCAAAUCAACAAGAUUCACCAAAACACAGAGUCCGCCAGGUGAUUCACUGAUCGAUCUUAUCUUUCUUUAAAAACAAGAGAUCAUAAUGUGCAUUUUUGACGUAGCAGCAUCCGACAAAACAAUGAUGGAAUGCUUAAAGUGAGAUGCUUCAGCAGAUGACUAGUGAUCUUUACGGCUGUGAGGUUCACGUGUUUAUGGGAGAUUUCAGCUGUCGCCACGUCCACUGUCUGAAAAUGUGAAGCUGUGAUUUAGGGCUAGUUUUUGCAAUUGAUUUUUUUUUUUGCGUACAACUGGGCCUCACUCUCUGAACCUGUUCUAGAUACAGUUAGGGCUGUGCUUUGUAUAGUGUGUUUGAAGCUGUCGCUGUUAUAAACAAAACUUAACUUAUGGGCUGAAAUUACAGAAACGAUUGACCUGCAAUCCUGCAUGUCUCCUAAGAAAUAAUGUGUGACACAAAAAUAAAGACUUUCAACUUUAA